CCCUCAUGGUCAUGUGAUCCAGCUGUGUCAAUCACAGCUGAUCACAUGGCACUGAUGAUCAAUGUGACCUGAUGAUCAGUGUAGCCCCAGCAGUGCCACCUGUCAGUGUCCAUCAAUGCCAGCUGUCAGUGCUCAUUAGUGCCAUCUGCCAGUGCCCAUCAGUGCCCUCAACCAGUGCACAUCAAUGCCACAUAUCAGUACCCAUCUGAGCUGCCUUUCAGUGUCACCUAUCAGUGCCAGUUAGUGCCACCUAUCAAUGCCAGUCAGUGCCACCUAUCAGUGCUGCCAAUCAGUGCCAGUCAGUGUCACCUAUCAGUGCCAGUCAGUGUCGCCUAUCAG